AGCACGAAAGAUAGACCCCAAACCGAAGAUGUUACAAUAUCCACAAAGGAAGUCGCACGUUAGAAAACAACCCACUAUUUCAAAAUCAACCCAGUUUCCUUGCGCAAACAGCACGGGGAUUGGGAAGGGUAGGUCUGAAACAGUUCCAACCAGCGUGCACAAACUUCGACCAGGCGACAUCGACAUCAUAGCCGCGAUGGGAGAUUCUCUAAUCGCAGGGAGUGGUGCAAUGGAAGAGUGGGCGUUAGGAAAUAUGAUCGAGUAUAGAGGACUGUCGUGGUGCAUAGGUGGUGAACACACUUGGAGGACAUACUUAACCUUACCUAAUAUUUUGAAAGAAUUCAAUCCAAAUUUGACUGGAUACUCCACCGGUACGGGCGAAUUAUUGUCGAGGCACUCACGGUUAAAUGUGGCAUUCCCUGUCGCGGCGGACGCAGACGCUUUAAUGCAAGCUAAAGCGUUAGUCGCAAGAUUAAAGAAAUUAAAACUGAACCUCAACGAAUCAUGGAAAAUGAUUACCUUCUUCUUUGGCGCAAAUGACCUUUGUUCGGCACAGUGUUUUAACGCUGAUGAAAGUUCGCCUGAACGUCAUGCACAAAAGCUGAUGAUUGCAUUGGACUACCUACAAAAGCACUUACCUAAGACGUUCGUUAACUUGAUACCAGUAUUGGAUGUGUCUGUUAGUUUAAGAGUUCGUCGAUCCUUUAUGUGUAAAUUAAUGCAUAGACUGUAUUGUACGUGCUUCCAUCGUGGUGGCUCUAAUCCAAUGUAUGACAUUCCGAGACUCGCAAGGGAUUAUCAACGCGCAGAAUUUGAAUUGGUGGAAAGCGGUCGUUAUGAAAAAAACGAUUUUACUGUGGUUUUACAGCCUUUCAUAAAACUUUUUAAUGCGCCUGCGGAUCCACGUAAAUUAUAUGAUGAAGCGAUUGAUAUAUCUUAUAUUACGCACGAUUGCUUCCAUUUUUCUCAAAAAGGGCAUGCUUUAGCCGCUAACAUGCUUUGGAAUAAUCUACUGCAACCUGUUGGGAGAAAAAGUAUCAAUAAUCCUGGGAACAUAAUGGAAAACUUUCAGUGUCCGUCUUCAAGAGCACCCUAUUUGUUUACUAAAACGAACUCGCAGCAGUAUUUAUCGACAGGAUUUCAAUAACGGACCAACCAAAUUGUAUUAGUUGACAUGUACAGGUAUUUCUAAUUAGAUGCCUACAAAACGUUAUUGUUAUUUGUAGGAUACUUCAAACACCUUGCGUAUAUAUGACAUAA